AUCAGAUCCAAGAUUAAGUGAUUUCUCAGAGAGAGAGAGAGAGAGAGAAGGUGCGUGCCUUCCUCCUCAUACGGGUCUUGUCCUUUCUCUUCUUUUAAGCCUCCAAAAACCAAUCAGUAAAAAGCAAAGACCAAACCAUGAUAAACUCACCAUCACAUCUCUGUGCCCCUUUUCUCUCUCUCUCUCUCUCUCUCUCUCCACUUGUACUAUUUUUCUACGUCAUCUGUUAAUCUGUGCGAUCCUGCUGCUACUCUGUCUAAAACACCUCUUUUGAAGUCCGCCACAAAGAAGAAGAGAAUAACCUCGCCUUGCAGCAAUAUUUAUCACCAUAUCAUUGGAUUAGAUCUAGAAAGAAAGAGAGUGGUUUUUGCUUCUAUAAUGGAUAGAGGCUGUCAAUCCUCCGGUGAUUCUACAAUCACCAGUGUUAAUAGCACUAGCACCACCAUCAACAACAGAGAUCACUAUCUCAAACACCUCAACAAACUCUCUCACAAGAUCUCCAAACCCCCCAUCAUCACCGCCACCUCCACCAUAAAAAAAAACCCUUUUGAUCAGCCAAAUCAGCUGCAACCACAGCCAUCAUCACAACAGCCGCCAAAUCAAGAUCUGCAGGGGCAGCAGCAGCCUCCUGUUUACAAUAUAAACAAGAGUGAUUUCCGUGACCUGGUACAAAAACUAACUGGAUCUCCAGCGCACGAGAGAUUCUCUACCCCUCCACCUAUACACCCACCCAAACCUCAAAGCACUCGCUUACAACGUAUUCGUCCUCCACCCUUGGUUCAAGUUAGCAACCGCCCUCCUCCUCUGCUAAACAGCGUCAUCCCCCCUCCUCAACAAAAACCACUCACCACCGCCUCAAACCCCUCCGCCACCAACACUUUCAUCCAACGGUCAACGACACCUCUCUCACCAUUACCGCCAUUCCCGGCGGUUCACGCGGCGGCUGAGUCGCCAGUUUCUGCUUACAUGCGGUAUCUCCAGAACACGAUCUCGGCUGUUGAUUCUAACAAGCAGUUCUCGGGAUUCUCGCCGCUGGCACCGCUUGUUUCACCUAGAUGGAACAAUCAAACAGCUUCAAAGCAGCAAUUUCCCGUGCCGUCCCAGCAACAAGGAAUAGAUCCCUCGCAGUCAGCGGGAAUGGUAGCGCCACAGGCACAUGAACAGCCGCAGUUUCAAUUGCCAACGUCACCUUUGCCUUUUGGAUGCUUGAAUUCACCGCGGUCUCCAUAUCCUUUGCUUUCGCCGUCUUCAUUUCCUCUCUCACCCACAGUGCCUGUACACAGCCCUAGAUGGAGAAGUCUUUAAAAGUAUAAAUUAAUUUUACUCCUCUUCUUCUUCAGGUUAGCGUUGUUAUUAUUACUACAAAAUAAUAAACCUUGUCCUUUUAGUCAUAGGGUUAGGGUUUUUAGCUUUAAUUCCUUUUUAUUAAUAGUUUAUGUAAAUAUUGUUAUUAAAAUUUGAUUAGCGGUGGUGGCUAGAUUAUACAACUGUUUGCCGCUCUGGUCAAUUAGUUUGUUAAAAAAUUCCAAUGGUUACUUUAUAUAUAUAUAUAUAUAUAUAUAUAUAUUUUAAGGUUAUAUAUAUUUAUUUAUUUCCA